AUGGUUAUUCUUACUAAAGAACAAGAAGAAGCCGCUAAGGAGGGCCUCUGGCUACCUCAGCUCGAGCGAGAUGGUUGUGGUGUUGGUUUUGUUGUCUCGAUCAAAGGCAUUAAAACCCAUAAGAUCCUUUGUGAAGCCCGGACAAUGCUGGAACGUAUGGCUCAUCGUGGUGCAUGUGCAUGUGACAACGAUUCCGGCGAUGGUGCAGGAGUCCUGACAGCAAUACCCGAUCUUCUCUAUAGGAAAUCUGUGAAAGAACAGGAUGGUGUGGAUCUACCGCCUCCUGGCCAGUAUGCCACCGGUAUCUUGUUUCUCAAUAAGGACUCCUACAAGCAAGCCAAGUUAUUGCUCAUGCUAGUCGGCACACGGAACUGGUUACGGAACUUAUAG